GCCCCGCCGGAGGCGCCGGCAGCGCGCGCGCCGCCGGGAGCGCGCACCGCCGCGAGCCGCGGGCGGGGGCGCGCAGCCCGGCGUCUCCCAGCUGCGGUGGCGGCUAUGGCGGCGGCGGCCUCGCAGCGAGACCCGGGCGAUUGGCAAGACUUCUCUGGCUUCCAGCCCUCCGCGGGGAGCGGCCCCGAGGCUGCCCGCGACAAAGGCGGCUGGGGCGGUGGGGACUUGGGGGCGAAGUUGUCCCUCUGCUUCGAGCCCCCACAGGCCCGGGCUGGCGGCGGCGAGAUCCGCGUUCCGCUGCGGCCCCUCACGGAGCAGAGCGCCCUGCAGGACGACGAGAUUUGGAAUGCUUUGACUGAUAAUUAUGGUAACGUAAUGCCAGUUGACUGGAAAUCUUCCCACACCAGAGCUUUGCAUUUGCCAACACUGAACCUUUCAGAAAAAGGGGUAAAUGAUAAUUUGAACCUUGACCUGUCAGAUGACGAAGAGCUGAGAGAACAGUUGGAUAUGCAUUCUAUCAUUGUCUCCUGCAUCAAUGAUGAACCACUCUUCACAGCAGAGCAGGUGAUUGAAGAAAUAGAGGAAAUGAUGCAGGAAUCGCCUGAUCCAGAAGACGAUGAAACACCCACCCAAUCAGAUCGGCUCUCCAUACUUUCCCAGGAAAUACAGACCCUCAAGAGAUCCAGUACGAACAACAGCUAUGAAGAGAGAGUAAAAAGAUUGUCUGUUGCUGAGUUAAAUGAACUGCUAGAAGAAAUUGAGACUGCUAUUAAGGAUUAUUCUGAGGAACUGGUACAGCAGUUGGCUCUACGAGAUGAGUUGGAGUUUGAAAAGGAAGUGAAAAACAGCUUCAUUUCUGUCCUCAUCGAAGUACAAAACAAACAGAGAGAACACAAAGAAACAGCAAAGAAGAAAAAGAAGCUGAAAAAUGGUAGUCCUCAGAAUGGCAAACAAGAAAGAGGUCAUAUGCCUGGAACACGCUUCAGCAUGGAAGGGAUCUCAAAUGUCAUACAGAAUGGCUUCCGCCACACGUUUGGAAACUCGGGUGGAGAGAAACAGUACUUAACAACUGUCAUUCCUUAUGAGAAGAAAAAUGGACCCCCAUCUGUUGAAGAUCUUCAGACAUUAACCAAAAUCCUGCAUGCCAUGAAAGAGGAUAGUGAGAAAGUGCCAAGCUUGUUAACAGACUAUAUUUUAAAGGUACUGUGUCCUACAUGAAGAGGGCUGCCUUUCAGAAUUAGCCAUGCUCCUUCCUGUGAUGAGAAGCUUUCCAUGGAUAUAACUCUUAGUAUUUUUUCAUUUGGCAUUAUACCUAAACCAGUAUGCAUUUACCUCCUCUGUGUGUGCGUGGAUUUUCUGAUCCUACAGUAAGUCUUCUGGGCAUGACAACUCAUCCGUUUUAACUUAAUAGUGCAAUGAACUGGAGCAGGGAACAAGCAUUGUACAGUUUUACUCACAUUGUCCUGGCUUUUUAAAGUCUAUUUUUACAUUGUAUAGCAUGUAGUAAAUCCUCCUGCACAUUUUGUUGUUGGAAGGAGAAGUAAACUUUGAAUAGUGUAAAUAAAAUAAGCCUAGUUUUAAGGAAUCCAUAUUUAAAAGCAUCCUUAGUUCCUAUAGCAAAGAUGCUAAAAGGAUCAUGGUCGGGCUUGGACUAAAAGAUUCAAGUGAGUUCUCCAGGAAGCACUCCAGAACAGUGUUGAUGGAAGUCAGCAUUUGACACUUGUUUUAAAACGGUAAUUUUGGUUGAACUAUACAACAGUGUUGUUCAUACAGUGAACAAAUCCACAUUCUUCGAUGGUGUGGCAAAGUAAUUGAUGUGUUACCUGUCCUUGUUAUCUAACACAAACAUCCAAGUAAUGUAAUAUUUCAUAUUUGGUUUUAUUUUCAUUAUUAAUGUUCAUGUGGUUUAGAUAUUCUCCCAUAUUGCUGCUAUGAUUUUACUGUUUUUAGUAAGUGUUUGAUCUUAAUGAAAAUGCUUCAAAAUAUAUAUAUAUAAACAUUUUAAAAGGCUAUAUCUUUUUAAAAAUACAUGUACAGUUUGAAAAACUUGCACUUGGGUUCCAGGGUUCCAAGUGAGUACUGUAUUGAGACAUUGGUUGUUGUGUAUCUCUAAAUUUUACUAAAAAUCCCUCUUGUAAAUUGUAUGCACUGUCUCCUCUGUGAUGAUGUAUCUGCAGAUGAGAAUGUAUUUUACAAAUCCUGUAAAAGAAACGUACCCCAUAAUCUCAACAUUAAAUACUUGUCACAAAUAAUUUUGCCAGUCUUAAAGAUUAGAAUGAACUAUAAGGCGCAUUAAUAAAAAUAAAGGAGCUAUUUUCUAGGUUGAAUUCCUAUCAGUUCUAUACCCAGCUUGAUGCACCGCACGUGUGGAGGCACUGGAAGUUGAAGAGGAAUUUGCUCCUGAAUACCUUGUGUCACUUCUCUAAUAUGCAGUUUUAUCAUUGUCACCAAAUACUCACUUUGAUCAGUAAAACACAUCGAGUUUUAAAAUAGUUCUCAUAAUGCUUUCUCUUCUUUCUCAAUAUUUUUGUCUUUUGUGCCUUUUGCAGUCGGUAAAGUUUUCAGCUUAAAACUCUUUCUUCUUCCCUCUCCCCAUGCUUGACCACCAGUGGAUACUUCCCAGCCUGCUCAGGAAUAAAUAGAACCUCUGCAUAAGUGUGUCAUAUGUGAGGAAGAGUUUUUGUUACUUUAUUCUACUUCAUUUGUGGUGUCUCCAACAAGAAAGCUGCCAUUUAUUUCUUUAGCUGAUGUCUUACAAACUCAUUAUGGCAUGCUUUCUCUAUAGAAAUGAUUGAUGUUGACUAUUGAUGCCUGGAAAUAGGCAAAGGGGAUGACCCCACUUCGCUUCAUUUUUUUAAAAAAGUUGCACGUGUUGUGAAAUACACUGUCUCCAAAUGAGGUCUAUUCAGAGACGCUGCAAUCUACUUUUGAGGCUUGAGGUGACAAGGUGGAACAAAAAACAAAAUUAAAGGGAGACUUUAAAAAAAAAAAAACUUUUGACAAAGUUUAUGGUGUUAUUUGUAGCAAAUCUUGGGUGACUUAAAGUCACAAAAUACUAAAAGUAGUAGGACCUGAAAGAAAACCCAACACUAAAGACCAGUAACAGCUUUAGUGAGCUAAGCAUCUGCUUGGGUAUCUCGUGCUCCUCAGCAGACUAAACAAGAUUUCACUAUGAAAAGUACCUGUUUACCUUGUAUGGAGAAUCGUAGCAUUAAACAACAGCUGCCAAAUGUGACAAGUAUUAUAUGUGUGCAUAAAAAAACCUCAAAAUAUUUGAAUAAAAAGAACCAUGCAGAUCUGCUUUUCUGCUGAGUUGUAUGUACUUCAUAUUGUCUAUUAUGCAUCCUUUUUCCAGAUGCAUUAUUGAAUCUUGUAUUCUUUCAGGGAGCUGGGUUCCAUUAUUCUUUUCUUUUUAGUUUUAGCAUGUGAUAGCUAUUAGUGGCCAUCCAAGAACAGCUGCUGACAAAUACCCUAGAAGAGAUUUGGUAAAAUUAUAUUUUUGCCAAAAUCAAUUCCAUUUUUAAUAUGAAGAGUCCUGGAAGCAAAGUCUCCUUAAAAUCAUUGAAUUUUAAGUUACCUAAAGUUAGGUUAUGUGCAUCACUUGCUUUAAUGGGCUUUUGUGAGGUUUUUUUGUGAUUUUGUUUGUUUGUUUGUUUGUUUUUUGUUUUUUUAUAAAAUUCUACCCUUUUUUCUGGGUUUCAGGUAUUUUGUUUGAUAUAAGCUUAUUCACUUGCUGGCUAGAGACAAAUGAUGAGUCAGGGACUGUCUGGAGGUAGUCAAGAGUCCUAGAAUUAUGUUGCCUUGGUUAAGGAAAGAAACUUGAAAACAAUUUUGGUUCCCUUGUGGUGAAAGAUAAUGCUUUAGCUGGACUCUCAGCUGGUAUAGGUAAUUGGUGAUAAAGAACAUCUGCUGUUGACUGUGCCAGGUAAUUGUUGCCUUUAACUUGGAGUGGUGGUUUUAUUGCUGCAGUUAACAUCAUUGUUGCUUCCAGCCUGGAAUACCUUGGCAUUCUUUAUGCAUGAGUGUCACUUGGAAACUGCCGCUAGCCCAGAAAUGGCACUCUGUGCGCUUGGCAGCAGAGCUGAUGAUCAAGUGCGUGUCUCUGCACAGCACUGUUCACAGCAGCUGCCGCCUCAUUUCCAAGGGGACAACUUAAGAUACAGGUUUUAACUCGUGACAUUGUAGGUGGUACAGAGUCUGUGUAGCAGGAAGCCUGCUUCUCCAGCUGUGGCAGCAAUGGGCAGUGGAGAUCAGUAGCUUGCUUCACUUCGAAUGGCAUCUACCCCACUUGGUUGGGAAGGGCCUAGAAGCAAAGCUUUCUAGUGAAGCGGUCUCAGCUCCGAUGCACCUGAGCCUGAACUUACUGACUCAUCUCAUUCUGCAAAGUGUAUCUUUCUUUUGGGUGAUGGUGCUGUAUUGUAACAGAAUCGAUGUGGGUUUGGAAUUAUUUUCUGAUUCAGAUACAAAUCCUAACUUUUAAAACUUCUGAUGAACCUCCCAGUUAUCCCUGGCUAUAAAGUAACUCCAGAAACCAUUAAAAAAAAUCUGUCAUCCAGUAAAAAAUGAAAUCUCAGAACAAAAUGGAUCGUGAAUCGUGUUGGGUGGAUUUAGUGUUCUGCUUCUCUUGGCGGCAUAGCAGUGUUUAUUUUAAGCCUAAAAAGAAACUAGUGUCAUAUAGGAAAUAUACCGGUUCCAACAUUAAGAUAAUACAAUUCCUUCUCAAGAUGUCUACAAUUUUGCAGGUAGCAGUGAGUGCUGGAGGGUGUUUAGGGCACAUCUAAUGAUGAAGUGCUAGAUACUCUCCUUGCAGAGUUUCUUAUCACUGAAGAAUUAGAAAGGAUGCUUUCAUUUUUUCAAUGCUUUUUCCUUGCUGGUGAAAGGGAGUGUGGUGUUCCUUUACUCAUGUUCUUUUGAUCAGGGCCUAACUCAGGACUUUUUGUAUGUAUUGAUUAGCACUGGCUCUCUGGAUUAGCUGAUCAGCGUCCAGACCUAACAGUAAUUGUUGAAGAAACUGUAUGAACUGGGAGAACUAGUUACUGAACUUUGUCACUGUGUUUCGGUUUUCUCUCUUUUACAAUCCACAAAAGUUGGAUAGAAGCCUCUCUUUGCACUGAAUGCUAAUUUAAACAGAGCUCAUAAUUUUGUUGUUCAUUUUCCAACCAUUUUUUCUGUUUGGGUUUUGUGUUAACUUUAUGUAAUAAAUACUAAUUUUAAUUUUG